GUUCCCCGUCGCCGUGGCAACCGCCGAGCGUUCUGAUGGGCGGCGCGAAGGGAGCCGGAGGGCGCGGGCGAGCAGAGAUGCCCAGCCAGAGAGAUGUACGCACGAUGGAGUCGCAGUAAAGCUUCCAUGCAGGCUCCUCCCGUGGAUUUCUCCUUCCGGGGGAUCAGCUUCGUCCAAGACAAUACUGUGGAGAGGAACCCAUGCCCUGGCAGAAGCCCAUCAAGCGGACGGAGAAAGGCCUGCUGCUGACCCAGUCUGUCCGCCUCAACAACAACACGCUCAAUGACCUGGCCGAGUUGACGAGCAUCAUGACGCAGCUGCUGGAUCGCCCGGAGGACAUCUACUGGAUCGACCUCUCCUUCAACGACCUGCCCACCAUUGACCCGGUGCUGAUUACUUAUUACAACCUUCACAGCCUCAACCUCCAUGGGAACAGCAUCCACCAGCUGGCAGAAGUCGACAAACUGGCCGUCCUCCCCCACCUGCGCAGCCUCACGCUGCACGGAAACCCCAUUGAAGAGGAGAAGGGCUACAGGAACUACGUCAUCUCCACUCUGCCCAACCUGAAGUCCUUCGAUUUCCAGGCGCCAUCCGCAUGACUUCACGACCGCUUCCCACUGCACCGUGUGGCUUAUGAACACAUCAAGCCCAAGAAGAUCCGGAAGAGGCUGAGCGACUACUGAUAGCCCAACUCCUCCACUUGCCUGGAAGUCGGAAGGGGCCCCAAUGCCCCCCCCCCAAAAAAAACAGCCUAGUUUAAAAAUAAAGCAUAGAGGAGUUUAGCAUUUGUGGGAGCACACAGGCUCACCACUGGGGUAAAAGGGAGAGAGGCGCAAAUGACAGGGCACACCAGUUAGGUUUUUCGCCGAGCCACAAUGUGCCAAACGGCAUCUCUGCAAGUUUGCACAAUUUUGUAUCUGCUUUUUGCACAUCACAAAAAUGGAGCAACUUCCCCUUAAUCUUUUCUUUCCAGUGCAGAGGGGAAUGCCUGCCCCUGAGCCCUCUGGGCAGAGAACGAAGUGCAGGAGCAUAACUAGGAGGGUGGGAAGGAAAAGAACGACAGCAGGAUCCUCUGAGGGGACCGGCGUGCCACACCCUUCCCUGCCACGGUUUCUUCCACGAACAGGUGAGACUUCCCAGGUUCUGCCAUUACUCCUAAAUGCAGGGCCCUGCCAAAGGGAGUUCUCCUCGGGAGCCAUGGAUACUGUUCCCACCAGGGAUAGAACCAACCACCACCGGUCUACCAGGAGAACUUGUCAAGGGCCCCUGCAGCAAAGGAGCCUACGCCAAACAGCUGAGGAGGAAGAGCCCGUGCACGGCCACACCUGUUCAGUUCAGGACACAACCUUUUCGGACAAUUGUGCCUUGGGCAGCGUCCCUCUUUCAUAUCAGCCAGCUGCAUUUUCAAUAAAGAGCGCUUGAGUAGUA